ACAGGUAAACUAGAUUUUGCCACCUUAAACUGGUCUAACUAAUAGAUCAAUGGAAUCCCCCAUUAAGCGGCUGGAUUUAAUAAGUAUGCUGAGUACUCUCAUAGUUCUUCUCGAGAAGGGCUAAAUUUGGGAUUUUUAGAAAAGAACCAACAUCUGAUGAUUUAAGAAGAUAACGGUCAAUAAUAGUUAAAAAAAUCAAUGAAAUAGAAGGUUUUCAAAGAUGAAGAACUAAGAUGUUAUCAAAUUGAAAAUGUAGAGACUAAAGAAUGAUUUACUUAAGCAAAAAAAGAAGAAGAGGCACUAUGGCACAAAUUUUCUCUCGAGUAGUUUCAGGCUUCUCCCAGGCUCCUCAUCAGUUUCAACUGGGUUGUUGGUGGAGAUAGGAUUUUGUUAUCUUGGUAAAAAGGUGAAGAAUUUGAUAUGCUCUGGAGUUCUAAGAUAACUAACAAUUACAAAGUUAGAUCCAUUAUUUCUCACCUGAUCUGGUUGAACCAAUUUCAUUCUGCUUGAUUUGAUUUCUGAAUAUCAUUUUUGUGGGAAAAAAAAGAUUGAUGGGUCAUUGAGACUUCAUUGGAUGGAAGAAGUGUUGUUAGAAGUUCCAAGCUUUAUCGCAUGUUCAAAUGUGGAAGGAGAUGAAGAGGACGAAAACCAAUAGAUUUUGUGAGAGACUUAGAAUUGGAGUUGUAACUUUUGAUUGAACAUAUAGACAGGGGAAUUGAUGGAAGAGAUGUCUCCAGCACUUGCAAUGGCACUUAGUUUAGGCAAUUCGAUGUGUGAUAACUCAGGGAUUGCAUCCCAUGUAGAAAUUACACGGCUAAAGAUUGUAACAGAGACUGCAAGCAUGCUGUCUGAUCCUGUAAAGGUAGUGUCUGAGGAUUCUCUUUCUGGGGUUGGUGGAAGCUGCAGUCAUGCUAUGACUGAGCUGAACUUGACCACCUUGUCAACAAUGGAUGAUGGUGGCAUUGGAAAAACAUUUGUGUUGAAUAUGCUGCUUGAGAAAGGAAAUGGUUUCAUAGCUAGUGAUGCUGUGAUCUAGGAAAGUUAGGAAGAUGAAGUGUUCUCAGAUGUGGAGGACCGUAAUGGAAUUAUCACUAAGGAGUUUUUUAGUAUUGGAUGCAGGAUCUGAAAUAAGCUUUCCAAAGUCUGUUGAAAUGGAAAAUACCAAAAUUAUUGCUAGGACUAUUAUUGUGGAGUCAACAAAUGAGGAGCAGGUGCCUUCAGCUAAACUGCUUCUUGCGGCAGUAAGCCCAAAUGCAGAAAUCUAUGAUGGAUCUGACAUUAAGGCAUCGGCUGUGUUUCUUAAAUUUUCUAGUAAGAAGAAUCUCAUUGGAGGACCUACACGGAGUGUUUUUGAGCUUGAUCGUGUUCCUCUAUGGGGUUCUGUAUCUAUGUGAAGAAGAUUGGAAAUGGAAGAUGCUGUUGCAGCUUUUCCUCGAUUUGCAAAAGUUCCUAUCAAGAUGCUUAUUGGUGAUCGUGUUGUUGAUGGCAUCAGUGAGAGUUUGACCCACCUGACCAGUCAUUUUUUUGGUGUUUACGAUGGCCAUGGGGGUGCACAGGUUGCUAAUUAUUGUGAUCAAAUCCAUUUGGCCUUGGCUGAAGAGGUUGAAAACAUUAAAAACAAUUCGAAUGUUGGGAUUAUUUGGGGAAAUCAGCAGGUGCAAUGGGAGAAAGCCUUCACUAGUUGCUAUCAUAAGGUUGAUGACGAGAUUGGAGGAAAGAGCGUUAGAGGCAUCAUCAAAGGUGAUGAAAAUGCUUCUAUUGCCAGAUUUGAACCUGUAGCACCAGAAACAGUUGGAUCUACAGGGGUAUCGUUGGUCUGUUCGUCCCACAUCAUAGUAGCAAACUGUGGUGAUUCAAGGGCAGUCCUUUGUCGUGGAAAAGAAUCGAUGGCAUUAUCGGUCGGUCAUCAAAGGUGAUGAAUAUGCUAGGAUUGAGGCAUCUGGAGGCAAGGAGAUACAGUGGAAUGGACACCGUGUUUUUGGUGUUCUUGCUAUGUCGAGGUGCAUUGGUAGGUAUUGUAAUGUUUUGAAUAUAAAAGAGAAUAGGAAAAGCCAACAAAGCCCUUGAAGGCUUAGAAAUAGGGCUUAGAAGUAUGUAUAAAUUAAUAAGGGGUAUUGUGGUAAUUGAAUAAAACUUGAUAAGUAUAAAUAGAAAAAAAAAAAGAAAGAAAGAGGGAUAUGAAAUUUGAGAGUGAGAGCUGGUAGGUGAGAAGAAGAGAAAAGAGGGAAAGAUAAAGGAAGGAGAAGAGAGUUAGAAAAAAUAAGUUUAAAAGGUAACAUUAAUGCUUUUAUGUGUAUAAAUGUGCUUUCUUUAGCUUGAAUUUUCUGUUUUGUUGAACAUUAUGGUUUUGAAGAUUUUAUUUUAGAUUUAAUUGAUGAAUUGAUUUGAAUUUAUGGGUUGAUUGUUAUGCGUAAUGAGUUAUUUAGUUGAUUUUGGAAGAUUUUAGGUAAAUAUGAUGAUUUUGAGUUAUGGUUUGUUUAAAUGAUGAAUUUGAGUUAGAAAUCUUGAUAUAUCAGUAGGUGAUCUAUGGAGAAAUCUGGGUUUGAGGUUGAAGAUGAUGAAAUUGUAGUUUGGUCCCUCAAUUUGUGAAAAUUACAGUUUAGUCCCUAAACUUUGGAAAAAUUACAGAUUGGUCCCUGGAACAUAAUUCAAAAUUCUGGACAGAAUUGAUGAUGAAUUAUGGGCAAAAUUCUAGUAUAGUUAUGGAUUUAGGACAUUUUCAGUUUGGUCCUUUAAUUUGACACCUAAAAUUUUGAUAAAAUUUCAGAAUGGUCCCUGGAGCAUAAUUUGAGAUUUUGGACAAAACCAAGGAUGAGUCAUGGGUAAAAUUUCAGUAUAAUUAUGAAUUUAUGACAUUUUCAGUUUGGUCCUCCAAUUGGACCCCUAAAAAUUUGAUAAAAUUCCAGAAUGGUCCUUGGAGCAUGAUUAGAGAUUCUAGACAGAAUUGUGGAUGAAUUAUGGGAAAUAUUUCAGUAUAGUCAUGAAUUUACGACAUUUUUAGUUUGGUUUUCUAAUUUUAAAAAAAUACAAUGAUCCCUAAAAAUAUGAUAAAAUUUCAGAUUGGUCCCUAGCUGUAAGAUUAGCUUUUUCAGAUUGGUUUGAUGAAUAAUUAAGGGUUAUUUAGUGAAUUAUUAUAAAGUCUUAUUAUUUGUUUUCUUAUGAAUUAGAUUUCAGAAAAACCGUUUAAUUUUUGGAUUUUUGGAAAAAAUAACUAGUUUAGUUAAAAAACAUAUAGGGUUAUGGAAUAGACCCUUAGUUAAGUGUAUUAAAUAGGUUGUAUGUUCUUUUCGAGUCGUUUUUGAAUGUCUCCUUUGUAUUCUGAUAAUCCUGAUGUUCUACCUGCGAGACAUCAAUAGGAUUUCCUUUGGUAUUUGCUUUCGAGUUCUGUUUACUUUUGAGUCAGCUGAGUUGAUAAUUUUUCAUAUACAUGAGAAAUAAUAUAAAUAUUUGAGUUGUUAAUAUGAAUUGGAUCAUGCUUCUUGAUAAUAUAUAUGUUGAUUAUUAUCCUUUUGUUAUGGUAAAGUAUGAUCAAUUGUUGAAUCUGAAUUCUUGAUAUGAGCCAAUAUAUACUUUGAAUUGACUUCUAAAUUGAUAGCUUCUCAUUUGAUUGAUGUCAUGAGUUAAAUCUUGAGAUAUGAAUCUGUCUGUUUGAUUAUGAUAUGAACCUAUGAUAUGUCAAUCAAAAUACCCAUCUUGACAAGGUAGUAUUAGUCUUUGUGCACAUCGUAUUUGAAUCUUAGUUGGUCGGGGGAGUCACCAACCUGUGUUGAAUGAUCAUUUCACAGUACGAAGCCUCAUGCUCAUUGUAUUUUGAUUUUCUAACGAGCUUUACCUUAUAAUAUUCUUAUUAUGACUUAUUUAAGAAACUCCUAUAAGAAUCUAAAGCCAUAAUUGUAUAUAUAUUCCUCAUUGUGGUAUUAACUCGUGUAUGUAUAUUGAACGUUAUGUACUCACUGAGUUGUUGAACUCACCCUCUCAUUAUUUAUCAUUUUCAAGCUUGUAGUUUGUUAGCAGGUCACUUUUGUUGGACCUUCAAAACCUGUUCUUUUGGUUGUAAUUAAUACAUUUCCUCUAUGUCUAGUUAGUGCUCCACAACUAUGAAUUUGUAUUAACUCUUGUAUUGAGAUAAUCAAAUUAUAUUAUGAAGUUAGUUUGGUUGUUA